AUGUGCAUGAUCCUGGUGAUCCAGUUCCUGGUGCGCCUAAAGUUCCACUCCAUGCAGCUGGCCAUGGCCCAAGGAGGUGCUCUGAUCGGCAUCCUGGCCUUGAUGGGCGUGUCCACUGCAUACGCGCUCUGCGGAGUUUGCCUCAUACAGCUGUGCGCCCCUGCAUGUGGUGGGAGUGGUAUCCCGGAGAACAAAGCCUUUCUCAACGGCGGUGCCAUGCCGAAUCUCUACAGCGCCCAGCCGGAAGAAUUUUCGGAAGCAUGCCGGCGCACGCUGGGCGUGCGUGCGUGCACCAACGUGCUGGCCAACGCUGCCGGCUUCCCCGUGGGCCGCGAGGGUCCCAUGGUGACUAUGGGCUCCAACCUGGCCUUCCUGCUCUGCCGCUUGGAUUUCAAUACGGAGGGCGAGCGCUUGAUCGAACCUUUGGUGCGAGAGUGGGCCGCUCGGCAGUUGGUGAGGGUGGAAGGGCACCGGGGCGAGCUGGUGGAUGAGCACCGCCUCGCGCACAGCACCCGCAUCUCCUGCACGGUGGGCGGCGCCUGCGCCAUCGCGGUGAUCUUCAACGCGCCUUUCGGCGGCUUGCUCUACAUGUUCGAGGAGGUGACCUCCUUGGCCUGGCCCGGGGAGCUCACCUUCCGCGUCUUCGUGGCGACCAUGCUCUGCUCCAUCAUCUCCUACGGCCUGUGCUACGUCUCCGGCUCCGAGAUCACGGAGUUCGUGAUCUACGCCGAGACCUCCCAAGACAAGACCUGGCACUGGGGCGCCUCGGGGAGAGAAAAAACAUCGCGGCGAUGGGAAGAAGCUUGGAAUGGAACGCUUGAAGAUAUUCAAAACAUGGUGAACAAGUCUGAUAUCAAGUCUGCAUUUUAUCGAUAUAUUGAUGAAAAGUCCAAAAAUAAUAAGUCUAAACCAAGGAUUUUAGGAUUGGCCAACACUCCAUGUUGA